ACGUUUCAUUUCAUUCAUCGCGAUUACAUUUUUAUCAAUAAUUCUAUUUAUGGAAUUUGGAAAUCCUGUUUUUCAGUUUUGGGUUUACACAUAAAAGCAUCUCGUAAAAUGUCAGGAAUUUUCAAUAAAUUGAGCCGAACUGUGCUCAGGGCUUCUUCAAACAUCACCAAGGUACAGAACUCGGUUGUCAGUUUUUCAUUAGUGAUCUUAAUUUUAGCCUCAACUGCUUAUGCUCCGAGGGUCCAGCAACCGGCUCCUAACUUCAAGGGUACAGCUGUUGUUGGAGAAACCUUCAAGGAAAUUCAGCUGUCGGAUUUUAAGGGAAAAUAUGUUGUUUUAGUUUUCUAUCCACUAGAUUUCACAUUUGUUUGUCCAACAGAAUUGAGGGCUCUUCAGGAAAAAUAUGAUCAGUUCAAGAAACUGAAUGCAGAAGUUAUAGGAUGCUCUAUUGACUCACAUUACUCUCAUUUAGGAUGGAUCAAAACGCCCCCCAAAGAAGGUGGUUUAGGUCCAAUAUCAUACCCAUUACUCUCAGAUAUAAAUAAAACAAUAGCCAGAGAUUAUGAUGUACUAUUAGAAAAAGAAGGUAUUGCUUUAAGAGGUACCUUUAUUAUUGACCCCAAUGGUAUUCUCCGACAAAUGGCUGUUAAUGAUUUGCCUAUCGGGAGGUCCAUUGAUGAAGCAUUGAGAAUUAUCGAAGCCAUAAGAUUCCAUGAUGAACAUGGUGAAGUUUGUCCGGCCAACUGGCAGAAGGGUGGUAAAACCAUCAAACCUGAUCCACAAGGAUCAAAAGAAUAUUUCAAGUCUACUUAAGUUUUAAAUUGAUUACGUAAUUUUUGUAUAUGAAAAAUCCUAUUUUGAAAGAAAUAAAGUGACUGUUGAGGUGUU